AUGUAUCGACAGAUUAUGAUCAGACCUGAAGAUCGACCAUUCCAACAUAUUCUUUGGCGUGAUUCACCCGAUGAAGAAAUAAAAGAGUUCGAAUUACUGACGGUGACAUAUGGGGUUAGUUCCGCACCAUAUUUGGCCAUUCGAUGUCUUCAUGAGUUGGAUGCACAAGAAGGUCAUCGAUUUCCACUUACAAAAGGAAUUCUUACAGACGCCACGUAUGUGGAUGACAUAGUCGUUGGUGCCGAUUCGGAAGAGGAAUUAUUGUCACUCCAGAAACAAAUUGUUGCCCUUUUGCGUUCCGGUGGGUGUGAAUUAAAAAAAUGGACGAGCAACUGUCCUCUGAUACUGCAGCAGGUGCCAUCGGAGGACUGUGCUCAGCAGACGUCAUUCGAUCCAAAGGAGGAUCAUUCUAUCAAGGUUCUCGGUCUGUACUGGGAUACUGAUUCUGACUACUUCGCUUAUCAUACUCGCACUCCGGAACCUCAACUAUCAAAGCGGAAGGUACUAUCCGUUAUCGCUCGAUUAUUUGACCCAAUUGGCGCCUUGGGCCCAAUGCUUAUGUGGGCAAAGGGGUUCAUGCAGAAGCUUUGGCAUGACCAACUCGACUGGGACACUCCACUACCCGAGAAUCUAAGCACGGCUUGGAACCAGUUUCUGAUGGAGUUACCAACCAUACAUCAAGUCACCUUGCCUCGUUACAUCAAUGUUCAGUCCUACUCUGAUAUCCAGCUCCUCGGGUUUGCAGACGCAUCAUCGAAGGGUUACGCUGCUACUAUUUAUCUACGUGUUGUCCACACCUCUGGAAAUGUGACCGUUCAUUUUGUGUCCUGCAAGACAAAGGUUGCUCCAAUUAAAACGUCUCAGCUAGAUGAAUCAUUAUCCAUACCUCGUUUAGAAUUAUGCGCUGCGUUGCUAUUGGCCCAAUCACUGUUUCACAUCCAAGAAGUUCUCUCAACUUCAAUCAAGAUUUCUCAAGUACGUGCGUGGACGGACUCAUCAAUUGUCCUUUCGUGGUUGUCGACUGAACAAAAAUAUUUUAAGAUAUUUGUCACACAUCGCGUUGUAAAGAUUCAUGCUCUGGUUCCUAAGUGUCACUGGGGUCACGUUCGUACCCAUGAAAACCCUGCCGACCCGGCGUCACGAGGACUUCUACCCACCACCAUGGCAUCGUCGUCACUACAUUGGAACGGACCAGAAUUUUUAACACUUCCUGAAGAAUACUGGCCACCGUCGACAUUCACUCCAAUGCCCCUAGAUGAUUUGCCUGAGACCAAAGCCGAUACAACAACCGUUCUACAUGUCACUAAAGUUCAUCCAUCUAUUGAACCUUUUCACCGGUUUUCAUCUCUGAUUAAAAUGCAAAGAGUUCUGGCUUAUUGUCUCCGUUUUAGUCCUCGAUCUAGGCAUCGACCUGUUCUAACUGGACCUCUCACUAGAGCAGAGUUAAACUACGUCUUAAUCAUUGCCGUAAAGGAGACGCAAAAGAUAUAUUUUUAUAACUUCUGGAAGCAGCUGACUACAUCGCAGAUGAUAACUCCCGCUUCGUUGGCUCAACUUGCCCCGUUUGUUGAUAAUGACGGACUUAUUCGUGUUGGAGGUCGUCUUCGAUAUUCAGCGUUAAACGAAGAUGCAAAACAUCCUAUUCUUUUGCCACACUCUGCCCAUGUCACUAAAUUACUAAUUCGUCAUUAUCAUUUGAGUUUUCUUCAUGGUGGACCUAAAUUAGUCCUCUCCAUGAUGUCGCAUAAAUCCUGGAUCAUCUCUGGCCGAGAUGCCAUACGACGAUUUAUAUUUUCCUGUGUUACGUGUAGCCGUCACAAGGCAGAUCACCCUCGACCGUUUAUGGCAGAUAUCCCAUCAAGCCGUGUUCAACCACAUCGCCCUUUCUUACAUGUGGGUAUGGAUUACGGAGGGCCCUUCGUGAUUAAGGAUUCUCGCCGUCGUAAUGCACGCACUUCGAAAGAAUAUCUCGCUCUAUUCAUCUGCAUGACAGUAAAGGCUGUCCAUUUAGAAAUUGUUUCUGACCUGACAACAGACGCCUUUCUCGCUGCAUUAGACCGUUUCGUGGCUCGUCGUGGAACUCCGGCACAUUUGUACUCCGACUGUGGGACGAACUACGUUGGGGCUGCUCGACAACUUAAGUCCAUAUUUAGGGAUACCAGUGCACAAGAGAAAAUGAUUUCUCACCUCCCAUGCACCUGGAACUUCAAUCCACCCGCCGCACCGCACUUCGGUGGGUUGUGGGAAGCUGCAAUCAAAAGUUCAAAACAUCACAUGAAGCAUGUCAUUGGUACUCAAGUUCUAACAUUUGAGGAAAUGCUAACAUUGGUCACCCGCAUCGAAGGAAUAUUAAAUUCACGGCCACUUACACCGCUUUCAUCAGAUCCAAAUGAUCUCGUUCCGUUAACGCCCGGCCAUUUUUUAAUCGGACAACCAUUGCACGCUCUUCCAGAACUUGACGUUUCACAGAUUCCCCUCAACCGAUUAAAUAGAUGGCAGUUGAUCCGUCAGUGUCACCAAUCCUUUUGGAAAAGGUGGGCGAAGGAAUAUCUGACCACCUUGCAAGGACGCCAGAAGUGGUUCCACAAAGAAUUGGAUCUAGCUGUUGGGGACAUGGUCAUCGUCGAGGCCCCGAACCGGCCCCCUUCCGAAUGGCGUUUGGGACGUGUGACGGAAGUACAUUCUGGCAAGGACGAAACAGUUCGAGUCGUUACCGUGCGAACUCAGGAUGGAACUUACAAAAGACCAGUUGUUAAACUGGUUAAGUUGCCGGUAGAUCCAUAA